GAGAUAACAAAGUUAUAAUCUGUGAUUCAGGUAGGCGGAAAAAAAAGGUGAAUGAGGUGAUUAAGAAGAGUCUACUAAAGUUGAACUAUGGGUUAACUCAUCAAAUGGAGGAAAUCUUCAUCCAUGACUCAUAUUUUUUUAGACUAUAAUGAAUAAUAUUGAAGAGACAUGAAUGUAUGCAGUAUUAAUUCAUUAAAUAACUUAGAAUUAAUCGAAAAUGGCUCGACCCAUGUUCAGUAAAGUGGAUGAAUAUGGUUUCGAAAGACCUGAAAAUUUCAAUUAUCAACUUCAUGCAGAGUUCAUGGAGAAAUAUAUGCAUAUUUUGGUGAAGAGAGGGUUAAGAUGGGCAACACUAAAAGGAAAAAAUAAAUACGCCAGAGGUAACAAGUUGAAAAGAUUCAUUAGAAAGGGUGUACCCAUAGAUUUAAGACCCACAGUGUGGAUGCAAGUUUCAGGAGCACAAGUUCGCAAAGAAAAUAAUUCCAUUUCUUAUACUGACCUCAAAAAAAAUAUUGGUAAUCCAGCUUUGAUUGAAAUGAUAAAAAUUGAUCUUCCUAGAACGUUUCCAGAUAAUAUCAAUUUUAUCAGUCAGGAGUAUCUCAUUAAACAAAUGUUCAAUGUUUUGGCAACAUUUGCACAUCAAAAUAGUGAAGUUGGAUACUGUCAAGGUUUGAACUAUAUCACUGGAAUGCUUCUACUUGCAACAAAGAAUGAAGAAGUAUCAUUUUGGCUUUUGAAAGAGCUUGUUGAGAAUAUACUUCCAAAAUAUUCAGUAACAAACAUGUCUGGUCUUCUUGUAGAUUUGGAUGUUUUAGAUGAGUUAGUAAAAAAGUUUGACCCAGAAGUUCACAGACAUAUACAAAAAAUAGGAAUGCCUUGGGCAAUGGUAACUACUAAGUGGUUUAUUUGUCUCUUCGUUGAAGUUCUGCCGACUGAAACUGUUCUGAGAAUAUGGGAUUGCAUAUUUUACGAAGGAUCUAAAAUAAUUUUCCGAGUAGGUUUGACAUUGAUCAAGUUACAUAAAGUUGAAAUUUUACGUACCAAAGAAUUGAGUGAAUUAAUUGCAUGCUUUAAAGAGAUGAGGAAUCAUAAGGAAGUAGUAGAUUGCCAUCAAUUUAUGACGUGAUUGCAUUUUGAGAACUGAGUAACUAUCAAGUAGUUGACCCAGCCUCUCGACACUUUCUUUCAAGCCGUUCCGCGCAGCUAAGAGGCGGCAGAAAGGGUUCGAAAGGAAUUCUCAAGAAUGACAACUGAGAGAAUUACGAAAAGGUGCAGGGGAUUCGGAGCUAUCCCCUCAGAAACCUGACUUCCUAGACAUCGGCCACAGGCAUCUUAGUAAUCUGGGCGCUGUUCUCUACUUGACCAACUGACUCUAUUUCUCUUUGAACACCAACAUAAUGAUG